AGAAAAAUCCAAGAAUUUCCGGCGAAGUCUAUCUCCGUUACAUACUGAAGUAGAAGCUUUCUUUUGGGCGAUGCGCUACGGCCAUAACUUUAAAGAGGUGGUUUUCUAUACCGACUGCUCAGACUUGGUGAAGAUGGUGUCUUCUCUUUCCGAUUGGCCAGCGUUCUCGGCGUACCUUGACGACAUCAACACUAAUAGGGAGGAAUUCUCUUCUUUCUCUUUAUCUUUAAUUCCUAGAAAUGUUAAUGUAAGGACGGAUUCUUUGGUACGCCAAGCGCAUACAUCUCCGCACCAAGUUUUGUUUGUAAACGAUUUUCCUACCAAUUGCCUCGUUUGAGCUGAUAUGUUGUUGACAAAAAAAACAAAUCAUUUGCCACGUGUUCUUUUCUGAUUGGAUGAUAGAUAACAAGUCGGCCAACGUUUCCUUUCCUGAACUAAUCUAGUUUUCUUCUGGAUCUCCAGACAGCUAAGUACAGACAGUAUUAUCAUCUCUCUGUAUUGUCCGAUUAAAUUGGUGGAGUUCUUUUGAGGCAUCUGCUUCUAUGCCAUUUUGUAGAGUAAAAUGGGAGAGUCUACGGGGUGUGGGAAAGGAGGACUAAUGAUUCCAAAUGACAAGUCUGCAAAUUCUUAUAACUUCUCCCUUCAGUUGUCUCCUGUUGUUUCUGUUUGGGAUUGUGUUGUCCGCACCAUGACGUAUUCCUAUAUACCAGAGUGGUUGUAUAGUCUUUGAAAUCCUCUCAAGACAGCGAGUUUAGGUGCAUCUAUUAUAGUUAGAAUUAUAGAGUUACAGAACUAUAGCAAGCAAAUAUGGAUCACAUGGUGUGUAAGCAGCAAGUUCAGCCAGUCAUUAGGAAAGUGAAGAAGAAACAUGGUAAAGAUGAGUUUGAUCGUGUCAAACAAGCUGAAAAGAAAAAGAGACGUCUGGAGAAAGCUCUUGCUACUUCUGCAGCCAUCCGGGCUGAGCUUGAGAAGAAGAAGAAAAAGAGAUUGGAAGAACAACAAAGGUUAGAUGAAGAAGGGGCUGCCAUUGCAGAGGCUGUUGCUCUUCACGUCCUACUGGGUGAAGAUUCUGAUGAGUCAUCUCCUCGUGUCAUGCUUAGCGAGGAAAAGGGUUUCACAAUGGAUUUGUGUAGAGAUGAAAGGACCAGCUAUGCUCCUCGCCAAAGAUGCGCUAGCUAUGCGGUUCAAGGGAUUGGGUUUGGACUAGGAGACAGUAACUGGUCAAUAUCAUAUAAGCCUUUCGUGAAGGAUGUUUGGGAUAACAACAUGGGAACAUCUGCGGAUUUGAUUGCUGCUCAGGCUGUUUCAUCACUACAGAUUUCUGAGAACGCUGAUGGGAACUCUCUUGUCUUUGAAACAAUGUUCCAGGGAUGACAAAUGCCAUGAUGCCAUGUUCUCAGUUGUUAAGAGAACUGCUUGCUAUGAUAGAAGUAAGUAACUUUUUCUGUAAUCUAGAAACCCUUUUUGUGUUAAAACUAUUUCAUGUGUAUCUUUUGAUGUUAGACCAGCUGAGAAGAUGUUAUCUUCUGCUGCUUUCUCUAUCUGUAAUAUUUGCGUUGUAAGUUGUAUACAGCAUACAUUUAGAAUCUCUGUCACUAGCUAGAUUCAAUCACAAAUUAUGGUGUAUUGAGACUAAUAAAACCUUUUGAUCGA